AAGGAGCGCGCGUUCCCGGAGGAAGCCUUGGGCGCUGGUUUGGGGCGCCCUCCCUUGUCCAGGCACACGUCACGUAGCCUCUGACAGACUCCACUGUACGCUCGUGAGAAUGAGAAAGGAAAAGGCGGCUGUGGCUUAGUAGUGUUAUGAAAACAAUCUAAACUAAAUGGACCCCCUGAAAGGGUCUCCCAGACCACGCUUUGAGAACCGCUGAUUUAGAAUAUUGCUUUCCUUACAAGAAAUCCCAUAUGCAUUGUGGAAAAGCUUUAAGCACUCAGGAAACCGGAGAGAAGAAAAUGAAAGCCGCCCAUCACGUUCCAACCCAUUGUGUUUGUCUUUUAAUAAUAAAGUGUCGCCACUGACUGGUGGCUCCGAUUCAAGGCAGAUUGGGCAGAUGUAAGUGGCCCUCAGGUUUUGAAUGGGGGCAGGAAAGCUCUAAUAUUCCACAACGCUGAUGCCGGUUCCUGGUUGCAGGCGGACCUGACCUGGAACCCUCUCCUUGGCCACUGUCCUUUCUAAGGAGCUCACCUUCCAGAGCCCACCUGCACAGACCUGCCAGGGGACCCUCUUGGGAGCGGAGAGAAUGGUGAACUUCAGGCAGCUCUCCCUGGGUGCGAAGGCCGCCCUGGCUGCUGGCACCGUCUUCGUGUCCAUGAUCAUCUCCCGCUCCUGCCUGUCGGAGAGCCUCGAGCUCAGGGCCUGGCGUUGGCUGUUCCGCCUGCAGCUUGCCCUGUUUGCCAACUCGCUCAUGCUCAUCGGCUCCCUGUACAUCUGGCGUAGCGCCGUCAGCAACCUCAGCCAUUCCCCAGCCACGGAGUCCGCCUGUUUUCAGCUCUGGAAGAUGGCCGUUGUGGCGUUUCUGGCCCUGGCGCACUCCAGUUUCUUCACCAUGCUUUUCUUAGUGGCCGAGGAGCCCUAUGUCUUUUCGCUGGCCGCCUACUCCUGCCUCGGGGCGUACAUCAUCAUGGUCUUCUUCCUCUGCACCCUCAGCGGCAUGGAGCAGGCCUACCAGCUCCUGGCCUGGCACAGCGGUAGGGUGGUGGGCAGCCUGGAUAAGACGAGGAAGCUGGCGCUGAGGCCGGCCCUGGCCGUGGCGGUGACCGCCGUGCUCAGCAUAGCCGGGCUUCUGAACGCUGCCCAGCCCCCGGUGGUGAAAACCGUGGAGGUGCCCAUCCGUCAGCUGCCCCCGUCGAUGGACAACCUCAAGAUCGUGCUCCUCUCAGACAUUCACUUGGGCCCCACGGUGGGCAGGACCAAGAUGGAGAUGUUCGUGAGGAUGGUGAACACGCUGGAGCCAGAUGUCACCGUGAUCGUGGGGGACCUCUGCGAUGCGGAGGCCUCGGUCCUGCGGACGGCCGUUGCUCCUUUGGGCCGGGUUCGCUCGCGCCUGGGCACCUACUUCGUCACAGGGAACCACGAGUACUACACGUCAGAUGUCAGCAACUGGUUCGCGCUGCUGGAGUCCCUGAACGUCAGGCCCCUUCACAACGAGAAUGUGAAGAUUUCCGCCACCGGGGCCCAGCGUGGAGGUGGGGAUGGUGGGGGUGACGCCUGGAUCUGCUUGGCUGGGGUGGAUGACAUCGAAGCAGACCUCCUGCACUACUCUGGCCAUGGCAUGGACCUCGAGAAGGCGCUGGGGGGCUGCAGCCCGGACCACACCACCGUCUUGCUAGCUCACCAGCCCCUGGCCGCCAAGAGAGCCCUUCAGGCUCGGCCAGAUAUUAACCUGAUCCUUUCUGGGCACACGCAUGCCGGGCAGAUCUUCCCCCUGAACGUGGCGUCUUAUCUCCUGAACCCCUUCUUUGCUGGUCUCUACCAAGUGGCCCAGGCCACGUUUGUAUAUGUCAGCCCCGGCACGGCCUACUACGGGAUCCCCAUGAGGUUGGGUAGCAGGGCGGAGAUUACACAGCUCAUCCUGCAGCGGGCUCCCUGAACCUGGCCCUGCCCUGUACGCCCCCCCAUCGCCCUCGCCCUCUCUCUGUCCCCUCCUCGGAGCGCGUUGCCUGCUUUACACCCUCCAGCCUUUCCUGCCCAGCCCUGCCAACACGCCCUUGUCACAGCCUGGCUUGGACAGUGAUUUGUGGUGGGGCUGCCUGGCAGGUUAACUCCGUAGACGGCCAGUUGCUUUUUUAUAUGCAUCCGUGAGGCCACUAAAGUCACACGCGUAAGGACCGGCAUCUAUUCUCCAGAUGAUGUGGAGUAAACCGUCUUCUGCAGAGCUCCCAGGGAUAAACCGAAACAUGGGGUGGUUUGAAAGGGAUGCCUCUAUAAAGCCGAGCAGGGAAGGAGCUCUGAGGGCUUUGUAGGCCCCCUCUGGGAC